UAUUGGCUAUCACUACCUAUAUCAAUCAACGCUCCUUGACCGAACCAUCUCCCUUCGUUAUCGAGCCUGUCAAUUUCUUCCCGCCCAGCCUCCUCGAAGAUCUCGCCUAUCCGAGGCGCCGACCGUUCGACCCUGGGGGUCGCGAUCUCUGUUACGGGGGUCAGCUCGCCGUGUUCUACAGUCACAUUCGCUAACACCGAGAACGCCGCUCGAGGCUAGCAUUGCCUACAUUCAACUCCAAUUUGCGGUCUCCCGAUCUUCUUCAUCGCCGGUUGCCAGCAGUCAUCGGUCAUCGGCAUGGCCGGCUGAGCACUCGUAUUGCCUUCUUCUUGUGCCAUGAACGCCCCGAGACCUAGCAUCUAGGCGUUUUGUUUUACCCGUCUAUAGAGAUACGGUUGACCUUCCUAGCGAUUCCCGAAGCUCGAAGCCCUGCACAUACAAUAUUGGGUUUCCACAAUGGUCGAGCAUCACCCCGUCCACAAUAGCGAAGUCUAUCUAUUGGGAUUGGCUCCGCGUCCUUCUGUCCCUCCCCCCUCUCCGCCAUCCCCCGUAACACCGAGAGAAGUCGAACAGAACAGUGUUAUCGAAGAGCUUUGCUUGGAUGACGCCGAUGGCGCCGAGGACCCUGCAGGGAUCGAUUCGCUUGCCCAGCAAAGAAUUUCGGGGGCCAUUCAUGUCCUCAGCACUGAAGCGACCGCUCUGCGGAGUCUGACUUGUUUAUACAAGACCGAUGCUACAGCGGCGCAAGGGUUUAACGCCGCGGUAGAAACCAUAACGAGGCACAAAGGCGACAAAGGCAAAUUGAUUAUCAUUGGCGUUGGUAAAUCAGGCCUUAUUGGGAGGAAGCUCGUCGCGACAUUCAAUAGCCUCGGCGUGCAAGCUACCUUCCUCCACCCGACUGAGGCUCUACACGGCGACCUGGGCAAGAUCGGAAAGCACGACGUCGUGCUGUUUAUUACGUUUUCGGGGAAGACACGGGAGCUCCUCACUUUACUACCACACCUCGACGAGACUUUGCCGGUGAUCGUACUCACUUCACACACCCGACCGGAAGCAUGCGAAAUCAGCCGCCAGCGACCGGGCACCAUCCUCGUGCCAGCACCCAUCCACGAAUCCGAAAUUGCGUCUUUCGGUGUCUCCGCCCCCACCACAUCAACCACCGUGGCUUUGGCGCUGGGUGAUGCACUCGCGGUAGUGUCAUCGCAGGAAUUACACGCAACCGUUACUUCAGUUUUUGCAAAGAAUCACCCCGGCGGGGCCAUCGGAGAGUCCUUCGACAAGCCGCGUCAAAUCCGCGAUCUCGCAGUCCCGCUUGUCGAAGUUCCUAUCUGGCCCGAAUCGAGCGGCGAGGCUUGUGGUGCUGAUAUCCUCAAGCUGGGAUACGAGUCGCAAUCCGGAUGGGCCCGCGUUGGCGACGCUAUCGCCUCGCCGGGACGCAUCAGACGGCUGGACACCGGUCGCUUGACGUUGAAAUUGCGCGAUAUCCCAGACUUGGUUGUGGAGAGGGUUGAAUGGAUUAGAAUCCACGCCGAUACUAGGGUUUCUCAGGCUGCGCAAUGGCUUCGGGAACCUCUAAUAUCGCUUGAGCCCGGGGAGGCUGGGGCCUACGACGAGGAUUCCAUCCUGGCGGUCAUGGACAAUGGAGAAGUCGUCGGUGUCCUGGAAGCCAGCCAACUCCUAAGCUGGCAGGAGUGAAGAAAUACGCAGCGUGGGAUUCUCUGGUACUGGCACUAUUAACGACAUGGGGGGCGACGGCGUCGGACGGGUUGAAACGAGGUUUGUCGCUACGCGUUACCAGCCUCGGAUUUACUUUUAGGAGAUGGGUCCUGCUCGGAAUCUUGAAUGGAGAGUCCCAACUUCAAGGCUCUUGAUAGAUGCCCACGACUUCAAACGCAGUAGUUUGGUGCACAACUAUGAGGACCCCGCAUUCGGUCCUCUCUUCGUGAAUACCUAUUAUUUCCA